AUGGCAUCCAACCUCGAUUCCUGGAACAGCUUCAUCGGUGAACCCCAUGUCCCGACAGCUCAGCCUAUCCUCACUAAAGCCUUCAUCGAGGCCGACUAUACAUGUAUGACAAGCCAACAGAUCACCUACUACUUGGAGCGUAUCUGGGAAUAUAGUUCCAUAACCACCUUCGUACUCCCCACACCCAUGGAGGUAGCUGCUGGCCACCGUUACUGGCUGCCAAACGGUCUUCUAGCUGAAGAGUGGAUUAUGCUCUUCAUAUUCGUCCCUCGUCUGUUUGACCUCGCGCCACUCGAGGUAAGGACGGCGUUUGAGGAACAGGUCUACAACGUUGCCGGACAUUGGCCUAGCUUUGCAGAGAUCAUAGAAAGAGGAAACCAAGCUUCUAUGCCUCUUGAUAUGCUUCCGGCUACGCAGAUGGCAGGAAAUUCUUUCCAAUAUGGCUAUUCCCAGCCUGGAGGGGCACGCUUUGCGGGUCCAGAGACAGCCAAGCCGAUCACAGGUCCGCUCCCAAUUCCACCCUCAGGGUUUGGACCUUUUCCAUUUUCUCAGUCGUUUACAGCUCCUGCAAAUUUGGGUGUCCAGCAAUCCUCAUCCCUGACCGUCACACCCCAGCCGUUACAGCCCAUCCAGCCCAUCCAGCCCAGCCAGCAGAUACCUCAAGGAAAUUUACAGUUACCAGUGGCCUCAACCACAGGCCCUCAACCAGGUACAUCGACUGCGCAUAGCGUAUCGAUUUUCCCUUUGCAGUCUGUUCCCGAUGGUACAGCUGCAUCUGAGCAGAAUCCGGCGGCUCCGCCAAUAUUCACCCAACUACUCCAGGCAAGGGGUAUAACUGUCCCUGGGUUUCGACCGGGAAGUAGAACUCCAACCGACAACGGGAACAAAGCCUGGAGUGCUGAGCGUAUUCGGGCCUUUGUCGAGAUCCAGAAUAAAAGCAUCCAGGAGCUGCCAAGUAGUGCAUUCUCUGAACUCGGCACUGAAAUGUCUAACUUCCGCACGCCUGAAUCAAUCGACGUGACCUGCUGUCCUUUCGAAACGUCGCUCGAGGAGAACUUCACAUACUUUUCAAACAUAUGCACGCUCAACCGACAGAUGUGUUUGCGGGCAAUUGAGCAUUGGCAGCCAAUGCACAUAGCUCGCUACAUUAACUAUGCACACGAUCUCCAAACACCAGGGAUCUUUGGUCGAUCGAAAAUCGGGCAUCACUUCGCAAAGGCCAAGAAAUGGGGUGAAAGCUACCCUGGCCAUGUUCCCACUGCCUCUUUGCGCCAUACUAGCACAGACAGCGGGGCGCGUGGCUCUAACAAGGACCUACAUGACUACUUCCUCUAUAGUAUGGGUGAUGGAGUGGUCCGACCACCUCGCGGACGUAAGGCGCAGAUGUUAACGCUAGUCAUCGAACACGUUCGAGGCGUCACACACGAUCGAAACGUUCGGCUGAGCCAGGCUGCUACGUACGCGCAGAGAUAUAAUAUCACCGUGCCGGCACAUCAUCAGAUGAACUUCCAAAACCUGGCAUUCGAGGACCAGCUGCCGUCAGAAGCGUUCCUUGACACGAUCAGGGACGAUUACCGCACCAAGUUCAAUGGUCAAGACCCAUAA